AUUAGAUCUCAAGGAAUGCCCUCAAAAACCCGAGUAUAAUUCACUUCGUUUUAGCUCUUCAUAUUAGGGUUUGGUUCCACUCCAUCUUCACCGAACAGCGGCUGCAACUUCAGCAAACCCUAAACCGAAAUGCUUUAAUGAUUGAAUUGAAAAUGGCAAAGCAGGCUUCAGAGAAGAAAUUGCAGAACCCAAUGAGGGAAAUUAAAGUGCAGAAGCUGGUUCUCAACAUCUCUGUUGGUGAAAGUGGAGAUCGUCUCACCAGAGCUGCCAAGGUGCUAGAACAACUCAGUGGCCAAACUCCCGUUUUCUCGAAAGCAAGGUACACUGUCCGUUCCUUUGGAAUCAGAAGGAAUGAAAAGAUCGCUUGCUAUGUCACAGUAAGGGGUGACAAGGCAAUGCAGCUUUUGGAGAGUGGAUUAAAAGUGAAGGAAUAUGAGCUGCUGCGAAGGAACUUCAGUGAAACCGGCUGUUUUGGAUUUGGUAUCCAGGAGCACAUUGAUCUUGGAAUCAAGUAUGACCCUUCAACUGGUAUUUAUGGGAUGGACUUCUAUGUUGUUCUUGAGCGCCCGGGUUACCGUGUAGGCCGUCGCCGUCGGUGCAAGUCUCGUGUUGGGAUCCAGCACAGGGUUACAAAAGAGGAUGCUAUGAAAUGGUUCCAGGUCAAAUAUGAAGGAGUGAUCCUUAACAAGGCCCAGAAUAUAUCUUAAGCAAUCAACAGAUCUUUAGAACCGAAUGAGAUUUUGCGUUCAUAGAUUGACAUUUUGUAGACAAUGGUUAUUUCUUACAUUUUUCGAUCUGGUUAAUGCAUUUAAUAGACCAAGAUAUAUUUUGCUCUUUUCUCAAUAUUAUCCUAGAUUUAUAUGAUUCAGAUGCACUCUUAAGAUUUUGUUACUUUGUUUGGACAUUGAUUUACCUUGCGAGUAUGCAAAUUUCAUUCUCUUUCACUA